AUGGAUGCUCUAUUUGGUUCAAUUCAAGUAUCUUCAUUUAUUAAAAUCAAACGAUCUGAUGGUCGUGUGCAUCUAGCUAAAGUUGUUCAGCUUUCAUCCGAAUCGAAAUCCGUUGGUGUCGAAUGGAAUGAACAUGGUGAAAUCAAAGGAAAAGAAAUUUUACUCGAUCUCGUCUAUGAACUUAAUAAUGAAUUACGGCCUAAUCAAUCAUUAAAACAGUCAUCAACAGUUGUCAAUCAACAGAUUCGACCAACAGCUGCUAUUCCUGUUACAUCGACUAGUCUAUCAUCAAGUCGAUUAACUUUAGAUAUCGAUACAUUAGAACGUGAGUAUAAUUCUCGACCGCCGCCAACGCUUCCACCACAAUUAUUACAAAGAAUUCAGCAACACCCGGCAUCUAUACAAACAACUUCAACACCACUUCCACCACCACCACCACCACCACCUCAACUAUUAAACGGCACAAUUAAUGCUACAACACAAGAGAAAACAAAUGGAUCAACAUCCGAUACAAAUAAUACUGUUGCCAUGCGUGCAAUUCGACGUCCGGCCGCUCAAACCAAUGUCUCAUCGACAAAAUUAAGUAUUCCAUCCUCAUCCUCGAUUCCAGCAGCAACACCUUCAAUUGAACAACAGUUUCAAAUCCCUCCUCCCGUUAAUAAUAAGAGUGAACGUCGUCUUUCUCGUCUUCCCAUCGUUCAACAAUCAUCAACGACACCAACUUCCGUGCCCGAUCCUCCACCAUCUAUUGGUUUACAUGGUCCAUUCGGACAAAUGAUUCUUGAUUACCGUUCAACUGUUAACUAUACUCCAAUUACGAAUUCAAACAUGAAAGACUAUCAAGUUAAUCAAAAAGAUCUUCGUAUAUGCGUUGCUGUUCGAAAACGUCCAUUGAAUAAACGAGAAAUCGCCAAGAAAGAUAAUGAUGUGAUUACAAUCCCAAAUAAAGAUCAUUGUCUUGUUCAUGUUCCAAAAUCGAAAGUUGAUUUAACAAAAUAUCUCGAUAAUCAAACAUUUAAAUUUGAUUAUACAUUUNCCGUUGGUGUCGAAUGGAAUGAACAUGGUGAAAUCAAAGGAAAAGAAAUUUUACUCGAUCUCGUCUAUGAACUUAAUAAUGAAUUACGGCCUAAUCAAUCAUUAAAACAGUCAUCAACAGUCGUCAAUCAACAGAUUCGACCAACAGCUGCUAUUCCUGUUACAUCGACUAGUCUAUCAUCAAGUCGAUUAACUUUAGAUAUUGAUACAUUAGAACGUGAGUAUAAUUCUCGACCGCCGCCAACACUUCCACCACAAUUAUUACAAAGAAUUCAACAACACCCGGCAUCUAUACAAACAACUUCAACACCACUUCCACCACCGCCCCAACUAUUAAACGGCACAAUCAAUGCCACAACACAAGAGAAAGCAAAUGGAUCAACAUCCGAUACAAAUAAUACUGUUGCCAUGCGUGCAAUUCGACGUCCGGCCGCUCAAACUAAUGUCUCAUCCACAAAAUUAAGUAUUCCAUCGUCAUCCUCGAUUCCAGCAGCAACACCUUCAAUUGAACAACAAUUUCAAAUCCCUCCUCCCGUUAAUAACAAGAGUGAACGUCGUCUUUCUCGUCUUCCCAUCGUUCAACAAUCAUCAACGACGCCAACAUCCGUGCCCGAUCCUCCACCAUCUAUUGGUUUACACGGUCCAUUCGGACAAAUGAUUCUUGACUACCGUUCAACUGUUAACUAUACUCCAAUUACGAAUUCAAACAUGAAAGACUAUCAAGUUAAUCAAAAAGAUCUUCGUAUUUGUGUCGCUGUUCGAAAACGUCCAUUGAAUAAACGAGAAAUCGCCAAGAAAGAUAAUGAUGUGAUUACAAUCCCAAAUAAAGAUCAUUGUCUUGUUCAUGUUCCAAAAUCGAAAGUUGAUUUAACAAAAUAUCUCGAUAAUCAAACAUUUAAAUUUGAUUAUACAUUUGAUGAACGAGCUUCGAAUGAUCUGGUCUAUCGUUACACAGCUGCACCUUUGAUUGAUACGAUAUUCAACGGUGGAAAUGCGACAGUAUUUGCCUAUGGUCAGACUGGUUCUGGAAAGACAUUUACAAUGGGUGGUGAUUUAUCUUCAAGCAAAACUGACUAUUCUCAUGGAGUUUAUGCUCAAACAGCUCGUGAUAUUUUUCAGCGUUUAUCUCUACCUCAAUAUCGUUCAUCAAUUGAAAUAUUCGUUACAUUUUAUGAAAUCUACUGUGGCAAAGUCUUUGAUUUACUCAACAACAAGAAACGUCUUCGUGUCUUAGAAGAUCAGAAAGGUCUUGUACAAGUAUGUGAUCGUAAAGAACAACAAGUCAAAUCUGUUCAAGAUGUUUUGAACAUUAUUCAAAAUGGAAUGAGUAUUCGAACAUCAGGCACAACAGCUGCAAAUUCCAAUUCGUCUCGAUCGCAUGCUGUUCUUCAAAUUAUUCUUAAAACAUCAUCGCCUAUCACUGCGCAAUCGAAUAUAUCAUCAUCGUCGCGUAAUAAUAAUCAUAAUAAUCCAGCCGUACCUCGUCGUUUGAUGAAAGAAGUUGGUAAAAUGUCAUUAAUUGAUCUGGCUGGUUCAGAACGUGGUAAAGACACCGCAAGUGGUGAUCGUUUGCAACGUAUGGAAGGUUCCGAAAUCAAUAAAUCAUUAUUGGCAUUAAAAGAAUGUAUUCGCGCGUUGGGUCGUGGUGAUGGCUGUCAUGUCCCAUUUCGUGGUUCAACAUUAACAAAAGUUUUACGUGAUUCAUUUAUUGGUGAUAAAUCUAAGGUUUGUAUGAUUGCAAUGGUUUCACCGACGCAUUCAGAUGUCGAAAAUACUAUGAAUACAUUACGUUAUGCUGAUCGAGUUAAAGAAUUAAGAAGUGGUGAUGGUGAUGUAAUGAAUGCAAAUGAAGAUGAUGAAAUGAAAAUCAAUGAUUUAGCUACGAAAAUUUUACCUCAACAUAAUCAUAAAACUCGCCAUUAUCAUCCGGAUGGUUCGGCUUCGUCAAAUGAAAGUACAAGUUCAUCAUCGAAUGAUGACGAAUAUAUCGAUGAUAACGAGGAUGAACAGAACGAAGCACUAGCUUCAUAUGCAGCACAAGUUGAACAUUUGCAAGAAUAUGAAGAAGCUCUAUUCGAUACGUGUCAAGAUGUUCUCACGAAUAAGGAACCGAUUUUAACUCGACAGUUACGAGGGAUUGUGAAACGCGCACAAGACACAGUCGAUUAUGAUCAAGAGAAAUUUGUCAAUGAAUUACGUGCAAAUUUACUGGAACGCCAACAAGUCCUGGACGAACUUCAAGCACGUUUACAAGCAUUUUCGGAGUGUCUUCAACAAGAAGAACAAGUUGCUGCACAGCAACGGACCAAACAACAUCAGUCAAAUAACAAUAGGUUUUAA